AUGGCUAUUUAUCUUAUUGGCCUGAUAUAUACAAUUCCCAAAUCACAUGAAGUACCACGACGACAUUAUUCGUACAAUCGACAAUUAAAUUAUGAACAGUCAAGAGGAGUUUGGGUGCCUCGUCCUGCCAUUGUCGACGCUUUUGGAUUUUUUGUACUCCUUGGCCCCAUUGUAUCAUUGAACACUUUUGCUAUUUUGAGUGGAUUUUUUCUUGAUCGUGGAAAUAAGAACCUAUCAACAAUAUUGAUCAGAAUCCAUUAUAUAUCGUGGAGUUUCUUUUGUUGGAUACUGAUUUGUGGUAUAUUGUAUUUUGGAAAGCAAUUAACUUCAAUUUUGGUAAAACACAUAGAGGAUACAAAAGAAGCAGGAAGGGCCACUCCUUUAAAAGUUAAUCGGUUAGAAUAUGGCUUAAAAAAGUUAAAAUAUGUGCUUUAUCUCUUACUGCUUACUCUUUUAUUUUUUGCUAUAACAUCAUUGUUAUUUGCGUGUUUCCGUGAAUUUCUUUUGACUUAUUCACCAUUCUUGUCGCAUAUGCUAGCCACAUUUUGGGUAUUAAUCGUGCCUGUUGUAAAUGUGGUGAUCGUGACAGUACUGGCUCAUGAAAUAAGUAAUAAAGAGGAAUCAGUACAUAUUCUCCGUCAAUCAACCUUUGCAUCUCGUUAUUUACAUACAAUGCCUCCUAAUCAUCAUUCACAUCGUUCAUCUCAUUUCAAAUCUGAAAAUUUCCUGUCUACAAUCUCAAAAACGGAUGCACCAAAUUCAAUAUAUCACAAACCGAAUGUAACUUCUUCAAUUGGUCGAAUAAGUCCCAUACAACUGCCCGCGAUGUAUGGCGAGGAUUCUAAAAUAUCAGAAGCCAAUAUAGACUCUAGAUGUCAGACGGAAUCUAAUAGUCAAAUCAGACUAGAGUACCCGACAAUUUAUCCUUUGGCUCCUGUACAUUUAUUGUCACCAAUACCACAAGAUAUGUCUUCAAAUCAGUAUCAACCACAAUUUUUAGCUCUAGGAUUUCGAAAAGAUACUUCGAAUGAAACUGUCACAUUUGCAUCUUUGGGUGCUGAUGGACAAUUAGUUAAUGAAUUUGCUGAAUGCCUGGUGAUUGAUGCUUUAUAA